UACAGUACUCACAGUGUAUUACUGUAUAAUAUAAUGUUUAAUACCGUAUAAUAAUAGCAAUGAAAGCCAUAUUAAUGUUUGGUUUGUAAUGAAUUGCAGCGACAAUACAAUUGAGUGAAACAUUAUUUAUCAUAAAAAUAGUGACAAUUGUUGUGAUAGUUGUGUUGUAUUGUCAAAGAGUGGUCACAAGUGAUGAAUCAGAGGGAGUCAGAGAGCAAAGGUUUAGGUGGAAGAAAUGAAGAAAGGAAUGUUUUGGAUCAACUUUUGGACACACCUGAAGACGACGAAUUAGAUGAAGAGUUUAGUCGAUCAGAAAAGAAAUCCAAAAAUAAGCGAACUUCAAGUGUAGUCAAAGCUGUCGUUUCAAAAGAGAGCUUAAAACUAAACUCAUCCGUGUCUUUAAAACAAGAGAAAUUGAAAAUAUCAACAAAUUUAAAGUUUGAUUCACAAAAUAAAUAUCAAAAUGAAGAUAAAAGGGAAAUCAUUGUUCAAAACUCGAAGAAGUAUUUAAAAUCAGUUGCAAAUGAAUUGCCAAAAGACUCAAAAAAUUAUAAAAAAUUUACUUUGCCUCCAAAUACAACUGUUAACACCAGCAAUGAAGUGGUAAAAAUCAAUUCAAAUAAUUCAGACGAUGACUACAGCUCUUCACACGACUCUUCGUGUUCGUGUGAAGAUCACAGUAGUAUUGUCUCAAAUGGCAACCGUUCUUCACGUUCUCCUUCUCGAUCACCAACUCCCACUCGUAAAUCUAGUAGACAUAGAAAUGUUAGAUCUGUCAGUCCAUCUGACAGACAGUCAAAGAAAAGACGUCGCGAUCAUUACGAAGAUGAAAGACGAAAAUCAAAGCGUCGCCGACAAACACAAAGCGGAUUCCGAAAAGAUCCCAAUUAUUUGCUAAAAUAUUUUUUCAAAGACAGCUGUUAUUUUGUUAUGAAAAGUAAUAAUCACGAAAACAUAGUCUUAUCAAAAGCUAAAGGUGUUUGGUCUACACCUCCACAAAAUGAAACAAAGUUGAACCGGGCUUUCAAUCAGUUUAGAAAUGUUAUACUAAUAUUUUCGGUCAAAGAAAGUGGAAAAUUUCAAGGUUUUGCAAGACUUGCAUCUGAAUCACGACACGAUUCACAGCCUAUAAAUUGGGUAUUACCUCAAGGUUUGAGUGCUCGAGCACUGGGAGGUGUUUUCCAUUUGGAUUGGAUCUGUAGGAGAGAACUUCCUUUCACCAAAACUUUACAUCUUUUCAAUCCAUUAAACGAUGGAAAACCUGUUAAAAUUGCAAGAGACGGACAGGAAAUUGAUCCGCGAGUUGGCGAAGAAUUAUGCCGUUUGUUUCCAUUUGACGAAAUGGUUGAAUUGAUUCCAAUGUUGAAGAGAAUGAAAAAACAAACAUCUGAUAGGCCGAGAAAUCCUAGACUAAGAGGACCAUUCAUGGACUUCGAUGAAAGGAAUAAACCAAAUAUUAGCUCAAGACUUGACUUUCGACACAGAGAAAGACCAAAUCCUUCACCAAAUCACACACGCAAACGAUUGGGUCCACCAUUACCACCAUCAGCUGCAAUACCCCGAAGGGAUGUUAGAGAUGGACGCAAUGAUCGUCUUAUUCAGCGACCGAUAGGACGAAGGGAUUUCAUAGCAAAUGGAAAUCUCAAUAAUUUUAUUAGAAAUACAACUACUUUGAGUCAACCCUACCCUUUGCGACCAUUCAUUGAACCUUCGUUUCAAAGACUUGAUAUGAUUCCCAAACAACGGACUUUAGAUAAGAGAAUAUAUGAAAGAAACGUUAAUGACUUCAUUCGUCGCACAUAUAGACCAAACCAACCUCUUAAAGAUAGGCGCUAUCGUUGAGUCGAUUUUUGUACUGGUAUUGUAUCGGACCCAACGUUGUCCAGUAAAUGGACAUCAAAUAAGUUUAUUCAUUUAAAACUUUAUAAUU